AUGACUGCUCCUAUGGAACGAAUACAAGUUCUAGAUUCUAUUGAAAAAGAUAUAAUAACAUGUUUACACAGUGCAGGCCAAGUCUUUGUGGAGCUCAGCAAAGAAAAAACAAGCCUCAAGCAAGCCGAAAAUCAUACCCAAAUGUUUCUGAAAACCCUCAGUACAGUUGAAACGAAGCUGAGUGAUCAGAUAACAUAUCUCACACAAGUAUCAACGGGUCAGCCACAUGAAGGGUCUGGAUAUGCAUCUCAAAAAGUACUUCAGAUGGCUUGGCAUAGGCUGGAGCAUGCUAGGUCUAGGGUGAAUGAGUUGGAAAGGUAUAAAGUUAAACAUGUUCAAGGUAGGACUGCUCAUAGAAGUCUACCACAAUCUGGAAGUGGACAGAUGGUUAAUGUUGCUGGUUCCAAUAUGUCCACAGGACCUGCUACAUGA